GGUACGUGUGAAUUGAGUGUUAUCAUCAGAUCUUAUGCUAACGGGCUUUGUAGGGUGGCGGUCCGAGAGUCCCGUAAGUGCUCAUUUCCCUCGACUCCCAAGUCAUGCUGCCGAUGCGACGACGCCUCCUUCCGACGACGCCCGUUCCCCUUACUCCGAGCAAUGCUGCAAAGCCCACCACAGUUCUCUAACGCCUCGGUCUCUCUAGGUAUCCGAAGCACGUCUGGUCGCCGGCCGGUGGUUGGUACGCGCAACCGGCCAACUGGAAGAAGAACACGGCCAUCGCGGGUCUCGUCAUGUUCGGCAUCAUGGCCGGCGUGUGGAAGCUCAGCGCCGAGAGGGAGCAUAGAUACGUCAUGCCAAAGGAGGGCUCGUUCUUCCCCAGCAGAUACUGGUCGAAGCAGUUGAUCGAGUACGACCGGGAGCAGGCAGCAAAGAAGGCAGCAGAGGAGAGCCAGAAGAGCUCCUAGAAUCCCCCGCCCUACAGAGCAUCUGGGGAAACUGUACAUAUAUCUCGUUAGAGUUGGAAUGGACGAGUCUUGAACACACCG